UUUGAUCAUUGUGUGGCCCUUAAACACAUAUUCCUCUACUGGAUUUCACUGUCCCAUUCGUAAGUAUUUGUGGAAGUUGUUACCUGUCCAAUUAGUUAAGGGCAAUGCAUUUUUUUUGUCUAGGCAAAACCAUGGCUGUUUCUGUACACUCUGUGAAGGAAGGCCCAACAAUGAAACGACUUUUUACAAAGAAAAGAAGGGUAGUUGUUACGGGAUUGGGUGUUGUAUCCCCGCUUGGUCAUGAUGCCGAUGAAUACUACACUAAUCUUCUUGAAGGUACUAGCGGGGUUAGUCAGAUUGAGGCAUUUGACUGUACUGAGUUUCCCACUAGGAUUGCAGGAGAAAUCAAGAGUUUCUCGACUGAUGGUUGGGUUGCGCCAAAACUAUCGAAGAGGGCAGAUAAAUUCAUGCUUUAUAUGCUCACUGCUGGCAAGAAAGCUUUAUUAGACGGUGGAAUAACAGAAGAUGUCAUGGCAGAGUUAGACAAGGCUAAAUGCGGAAUUAUAAUUGGCUCUGCUCUAGGUGGAAUGAAGGUUUUCAAUGAUGCUAUAGAAGCUUUAAGAGAGUCUUACAGAAAGAUGAAUCCCUUCUGUGUACCUUUUGCAUCGACGAACAUGGGCUCUGCAAUUCUUGCUAUGGAUUUG